UUGGUUAAUUAGGGGGUAUAUUGGAUCUUUUGAAAUUUCUGAAUUGUUUUUAAUCUUUGAAAUUGUUUGGUGAUCGGUGGAAUUGUGCGGAUGCAUUUUGUCCCAUGGGCGCAUGGGGAUUGAUGAUCUUGAUGUUCAGACGUGGAAUUGAUGAUUCUGAGUCAUGAUGACCCCAACGACUGGUUAAUAUGAGCAGAGAAAUUGUUGAAACCCUCGGAGAUGACUAUGGCCCACACCUGGACACCCUCAGAACAUUUUUCGUCUCGUCCUUGGAGAAUCGAAUCUACGAAGCCCUCGAGACAUUCGUGUACAACGACAAAGAGUUAUUAUCAAAAUUUCCCAACCUGAGAAGAUGCGUAAAUUUCUUGAAGCUCUUCACAACAAUUUACCAGAGCCGAAGAGACCCAGACACUGGAUUGCUCGAGCAAUUAAUGCGCUACAGUUUCAAGUACCUCAUCAAGGACGGCUUGAUAACCGGUUUUAUCAACGCAAUUCUCCUCGACAAUCGACUUAAGCGAGUCUGCAGGGACCUGGACUCAUUGAGUGUUGAUAAACAUUUUUUUAAAUUCUUGCAACUUCCUGGAAUCAUCAGCAGCAGUGAUGAAACCCUCUCCAAUGAAUCCGGGGAAUGUGCUGGAGCCCUGAUGAUUGAAGCACCUUCUGAAUCUGGUGAUACCAAAAGAGCAGUUAAAAGAAAAGCUCCAGACGAUCCUGAUGAUCCAAUCAGCAGCGAAAAAUCAUUCGGAUUAGAAGAUCAUUUGGGAGCAUUCGAUGUCGAGACACUGGAUUACUGGUUCGAUUACUCAGCUACGUCGAUUUUUAUCGAUGCUAUUCUCCGUGAUAAUCGACUGAAACUAGUCUGCAGGGAUCAAGACUCAUUGAGUGUUGAUAAACAUUUUUUUGAAUUCUUGCAACUUUCUGGAAUCAUCAGCAGCAGUGAUGAAACACUCUCCAAUGAAUCCGGGGAAUGUGCUGGAGCCCUGAUGAUUGAAGCAUCUUCUGAAUCUGGUGAUACCAAAAGAGCAGUUAAAAGAAAAGCUCCAGACGAUCCUGAUGAUCCAAUCAGCAGCGAAAAAUCAUUCGUCGCUUUGACUCCAGCGAGAGCCAAAAAUUCUCAUCACAGAAGGAUUAUAAAAAAUAUCACGUCCUGUGGGCCUUCAACCUGCUCAUUCCUCAGGUACAGAACAACUCAUUUAUCCACUGAUUAUCGUGAGAAAAAUCUCAAACUCAAGAUUGAUAAGGGGAAUGCUGGUGGAAUUGAUGAAGAGAAAUUGAUACUUCCCUGUCAAUCAGAGACAAUAAUCGAUGAUUUAAUAACUUCUGAUCCCUCUGUCAUGAUCUCCUGCUUUGGAAAUGCGAAGAAGAAGUUCAAAGCGCAGAUCAGGAAGAUUUGUGCUAUUGUUAAUAGGAUUUUAGGGAGGAUCGAUAAGAAGAGAGUGAAGAAAUGCGUUUUGUAUUGUAAAAUCCUCGAGAGAUCUAUUUUAUUCAGUUUGAAAGAGAGGGGGAGGAAUGCCUCGAGGUCCUGUUUACUUUCUGGGCGAGUUGUCACGAGGAAAACGUCGAAGGUAUCAGCAGAAACCGUAGCACCAGAACAAGGAGAAGAAAACGACAAAAUCGAAGACAAGAGUCAAAACUUCCUUCCAACCCUGGAAGCCCCGAAGGGACAUGUCAUCCAGAGGAAAAUUCCAGAAUGCUAUGUUCAGGGAUAA